CUGCAUAGAUCAGCAGCAGGAGGAGGUCGCGCCACCUUCCCCGACCGGAGCUCCGUGCGCCUCGAUCAGCAGCAGCAGCAGCAGCAAGAGGAGGUCGCAGCAUCACCGCAGAGGCGGCAGCAGCAACAGCAAAUUUCGGCAGAUUAGUGAUUUAGCUUCAGCCAGAAAUUGAUCUUCAAUGUCAGGAGAAGUUCAGAUGAGUUCAGAAAAGCAACCACGAAGAGGACUGUCAUGCACCCGUUACUUCGUUGCACUCUGGUUCUGCUACUCUCCUGUCCAUCAAAUGCAGCAAUAUUAUAGACUUGGUGCCCUUGAUAAUUGUAGUAAGAAAUGGAGUGGUCUCGUUGAUUGUCUGACUUUAAAAACCAAAAGGUCUUCUGAAGUGGAGGAAAUUUUAGAAACACGCGAGAAAGCGAAGCCUCACCAGUGGUCAACACGAACCCCUGAAGAAGCCGCAGCUUAUUGGAGCGAACUCUUUGACCAUCUAGAUGAAGAGUAAAACUCUUAAGACCUUUUCAUCAGACAUUUGCUCAAUCAAUACGAGAAAGAUUAUUAUAUCAUUUGAAAUAAUCUUCUCCCCAAUGAUGCUUGUUUCAAACAUGUCUUAGAGGCACCAUGGUUAUCAAAGUGGGUUUCUAAAGAGGCACCAGUUUAGGAAUGUUUAGAAUAGGAACAUUGUGUAGGAAAA